AUGUUACUCAGAGAUGGGAUUCUGUUUUUCGCGAUGUUGACCACCCUCAAUGCUCUCGAGAUAGUUCUGUAUCUGACGGCGGCGAGGGAUUAUAUCAACUACUUCAUCGCGCCCAUAUCAACCGUCCUCGUCUCUCGAUUCAUACUGAACCUGCGUGAAUGUGCUGCUGUAACGAUCGUGAGACUGGACUCGCAAGAAAUCUCCGAGAUCAUGGCAGCAGAAGAACCAGCUUCACGGACGUUGACCUUCGCGUUCUCUCCAAUCACACGUACGUCUCUCAUGAUCACGAUACAGUGUCCCCAGCUGGAACCGAUACUCACGACGUCGCACAGAUCUGGACGUAGUGGCAUGUGACGAAAACGAUGUGCUCACAGAUGAUGAAGCGCACAUGUCAGACAUUGGGAGCACUGGAAGUGCUCACUGUGACGAGGACCUCGCAGCGCGCAUUGAAACGGGGUCGAAUACUGGGCACUGACCGGUGACGUUCGCAAUUUGGGCAGUAGCAAUGAC